AUGACAAAAGAACAUGCCCACUCUGAGCUGGGCACCAUCAUAGGACUUGACCAUGAAAAUACCAUCCAAUACCGUGGUCUUAAGUAUGCUUCAUUAGAGCAUCCAUUCGCUGAACCUAUCUUUUUUACAAACACCGGAGGUUCGACAGUGAAGGCAACUUCAUACGGACCGGCAUGCCCACAGAAUCCAGAGGCGCGAGAUCAUGAGUUCACGUUCAUCCAACAUGAACUGCCAUGUGAAGAACCCCUGUUUUCCAGUACCGAAUGUCUGAGCCUGAACAUUGUCACACCUAAGGAUAUCCAGAAUCCUGUCCCAGUCUUCGUCUUCAUUCAUGGAGGUGGUUUUAGUAUCGGAGCAAAUUCAUGGCCACAAUAUGAUCCAACCCGGCUGGUUGAACUUUCGAUUGAGAAAGGUGGUCCUUUAAUUGGUAUCAAUAUCAACUAUCGGCUCGGAGCUCUUGGAUUCCUUUCUUCUCAGGAACUGCUAAGUGCUGGCAUCAAAAGCAACAAUGGCCUCCGAGAUCAGAGGACUGCAUUAACCUGGAUUCGGAAGUAUAUCAAUGGCUUUGGUGGAGAUCCAUAUAACAUCACGGCAGUUGGAGUGAGCACUGGGUCAAUCUUUGCCUCCAUCAUCUCGAGUCGCCCCAGUCUCUUUUCAAGAGAAUCUUCUCCAUGGGAGGAACUCCAUUGCUGCUCAAGCCACUUCCUUCUCAAGUUGCAGAAUCGAUUUAUGCCGUUGCGGUGGACAAACUCGGACUUUCAGCAGACUCUAGAAGAAAGAAUCAAAGCUUUGAAAGAAACAACGGCAGAAGACUUGCUAGCAGCCACUGCAAACUUGCCGCUGCUACCAGUCAUUGACGGAGAACUUAUCACUGUGCCUGCAACAUUCUCACAGUGGUCAUUUAAGGAGAAGCUAUUGUCGGGCACAGACUGGUGUAAAAGCAUUAUGAUUGGUGACUGUGAGAUGGAUUCAAGCGUCUUGUUCUAUAUGCUACACGGCCGACUCGAGGGUAUGGAGGAAGCCUUCACAGAAUCUAUAGAACACACUCUCUGCGAUUCGGCGACCAGACAGCAGCUGUUGGAGGGAUACAACAUCCACAACGCCUACGCAGGCUCCAUGAAUGAUGCUGCUGACAGAGUUCUUCAUUUUGCAAACGACAUUGGAUUUUACGCACCCUUAAUCUCAAUUGCCUCUGGCUGGCCGAAAAAAGCAUACGUCUUCCAUUUUAACGAGCCAAAUCCCUGGCCCGGACGAUAUCAGGGAGUUGCAACUCAUAUACUCGAUGCCGCAUUUCUGUUCCAGAAUUACAAUGAGUUUCUCGACGAUGCUCAGCAAGAAUCUGCUAGAGCCUUUGGUGAAGACUUCAUAGAUUUCGUUGUUGGAAGAGAACCAUUCCCACCAUAUGUUGCCGCAGAAGGAGGAGCAAUGGUUUAUGGACCAGGUGAGCAAAAGCAAAAGUUUGUGAAGAGUAAGAAGAGCGAAGAUUAUGGGAGGAGAAGUAUGAUAUUCAAGUUGGCAGAAUCUUCCAGUCUUGAGAAGUUGUCUGAUGCUUGGGAUGUAUUCUUGAGAGGGGAGUGA